GCAGCAAAACCCCAAACCCCAUCCCCACCAUGAGCUCUUACUACUUAAAGGGAUUUGCAGUGGUGAGGGAAAGAGGCCCAGCUAAGCAUCGUUUUGGAAACCUCAGGUGUACUUCUCUGAAGUAAGAUGAUUUGUCAAAAAUUCUGUGCGGUUUUGUUACAUUGGGAAUUUAUCUAUGUGAUAACUGCAUUUAACUUGUCAUAUCCAAUUACUCCCUGGAGAUUUAAGUUGUCUUGCAUGCCACCAAAUAAAACCUAUGACUACCUCCUCUUGCCUGCUGGAAUCUCAAAGAAUGCUUCAAAUUUGAAUGGAUACUAUGAGACAGUUGUUGAAACUAAGUUUAAUUCAAGUGGUACCCACUUUUCUAACUUAUCCAAAACAACUUUCCACUGUUGCUUUCGGAGUGAGCAAGAUAAAAAUUGCUUCAUACAUGCAGACAACGUUGAAGGGAAGACAUUUGUUUUGACAGUGAAUUCUUUAGUUUUUCAACAAAUAGGUGCAAACUGGAACAUACAGUGCUGGAUGAAAGGAGAUUUGAAAGUAUUUGUCUGUUACGUGGAGUCAUUAUUGAAAAUUUCUUUCAAGAAUUAUGACUGUAAAGUUCAUCUCUUAUAUGUUUUGCCUGAAAUGUUAGAAGACUCACCGUUGGUUCCCCAGAAAGGCAGUUUUCAAGUUGUUCAGUGCAACUGCGGUGCUCAUGAAUGGUGUGAAUGUCUUGUGCCUGUGCCAACAGCCAAACUCAGCAACACUCUUCUUAUGUAUUUGAAAAUUGCAUCUGGUGGAGUCAUUUUUCAGUCGCCUCUAAUGUCAGUUCAGCCCAUAAAUGUUGACCUCAAACCAGGAGAACUUCGACUACUAGAAGUUGACAACCGCGUAGUUCUACCCAUAGAAAUACCAAUUCGAAUAUUAAUUUCAUCAGAAGAUGUUCUUCAUUCAUGA